CUAAGUUUAGAUUCGUCAUCGUGGUCGGUUCACUUGCGGAAUUGAUUAGCAUCGUUGCGAUCAUGGUUGUCAGUGGUAGCCCGCUUGCCAACGCCACGGUCGCGCUCACGGUAAACGGUGCUGUGGUCACGAUGACGUGGCAAGAGCUAGGGAAAGCCCUGGCCCAGUCACCUGCUGACGCGACGACCGCCGGCGCGCUGGAUCUGUUCUGGCUGCUCUUUGGCGGCAUGAUGAUCUUCUUCAUGAUCUUGGGCUUCGCCCUGCUCGAAGUCGGAUGUUGCCACGUGAAGAACACCAAGCACAUCUUGUUUCGAAAUCUCAUGGACUUGUGCAUCACGGGCAUCACGUUUUACGCCGUCGGGUACGGCUUGGCCUUUUCCGACGGCGAUGGCUUCAUCGGGCACUCUCGCUUCUUCCUCCAAGGCCAAGACGCAUUCCAAACGGACGACGCUUUGACGUUCCAUGGUCACCAUUACGCCGACUGGUUCUUCCAGUGGACUGUCGCCGCCGUCUGCGUCACUAUCUUCUCGGGUGCAGUCGCCGAACGCAUCACGAUGCAAGCGUACUUUUUGUACUCGUUCCUCAUGGGCGCAUUCUUUUAUCCGGUCGCGGCGCACUGGAUUUGGUCUCCCACGGGCUGGGCAAGCGUUCUCGCCCCCACGUCGUCGCUCCUGUUUGGCGUUGGCGCCAUCGACUUUGCCGGUUGCGGUUGCAUCCACAUGAUCGGGGGCAUGUCGGCUUUGGUCGGGUGCCUCGUCGUCGGGCCGCGCGCUGGGCGCUUCAACGCGGACGGCACUGCGAACGAAAUGCCGAAACAAUCCGUCAUGUUUCAGUGCAUGGGAACGCUGGUGCUCUGGUUUGGCUGGUACGGGUUCAACUGCGUGUCGACGCUUAGCCUGACUGGCACGAUGGGCCACGUCAUGGCCAAGGUUGCAGUCAACUUGACGUUGGCUGCGUGCACCGGGGGGGUUUUGACCGUCUUGCUCGACAAACUCGCUGGUUCCAGGACAUGGGAUCCGUGCAUGGGAAAUAAUGGAAUCUUGGCGGGAUGCGUCUCCAUCACGGGGAGCUGCUCGGUCAUCGAGCCAGAAGGCGCGGUGGCCCUGGGAGCGAUCGCCGCCGUGCUUUACCUGUCCUUGUCCAAGCUCGUGGUAAAGUUGCGCAUCGAUGACGUCGUCGACGCUAUUCCAGUCCAUUUGGGCUGUGGGACGUUGGGCGCCGUUGCUCCCGGUUUCUUUGCUUCGUCGAAAGGGGUCGCGAUGUAUGUGGGAACAGGUUCGUGCGGAGUGUUCUACCGCUGCAAUGGACUGCAUGGCAGCCAACUGGCCGCCCAAGUCGUGUACGUAUUGGCCAUCGCGGGAUGGGUCGGAACCUUUUGCGCGGUACUCUUUCUCACACUCAAGAAGCUCAAGAUGCUCCGUCCAGAUGCUGCCACGGAAGUCCUUGGCUUGGAUGUUGUCGAACAUGGGGGACCAGCUUACGAUGAUGGCCGUGAAUGCCACACGACGCACUCGGAGGUUCAACCUGCCACCUCUGCGUCGGGCAAUGCCUCAACCCACACAAAAUCUCGUGAAAUUGACCAUGGUGACCAAUGCCAUCACGAAAUGCGAGCUCCAAGCACAGCCGCGGGGAAGCAGAACGACGACACAAUCCACAUCGAAGUCGAGCGCGGAGGCGACGACCUCCUGCCAGGGUCGCCCUCGACCUGAAUCAACAAAGCCGUUGUGUCCUCGGUGCUUGCACAUGCUGAAUUCCGGAUAAUUUCAUACCUCACGUGCCGUGAUUGGCUGUGAAUUUUCC